AUGGAAAACGACCAGGGUGCUCUCGUUGAUCUCUACGUCCCUCGCAAAUGCGCGGCCACAAACCGUCUCAUUACCUCCAAGGAUCAUGCAUCCGUUCAAAUUAACAUUGCUGACGUAGAUGCGAAUGGCCGUGCUUUGACUACGUCUACGACGUUUGCCCUGUGCGGACAGGUGCGGUCGCAGGGAGAGAGCGAUGACUCCUUGAACAGGUUGGCAACCCAGGCAGGCCUGCUUAAAAACGUCUGGUCAUACCAGAAGUGA